AAAUGACACGGGAAAAACAUAAACUUAGUGAUUAUUUUUUAAUAUUGGAAGAAAAAUCCAAUAAAUGGAACAACUAUGCUAUUUGUCAGGAUUGUAUUCAGGUUUUAGGUUCAGAAGAAGCUUCAAAACAUAAAUUUACAAAUACCAAGCGUGCAUGUGCAAAUCACCUUAAAAGUUGUUCUUAUUGGGCUGAAAGACAUACCACAAACUAG